AUGGUGUCGGACCUUCUCUUGAGAGAAAGCAAGGAAUGGAACCACGCCCUUGUGAAGAAGCUUCUCCCGGAACUUGCAGAGCACAUCUUCUCCAUACGCCCUAGCAUCACAGGGAUGAAGGAUACUUACAUCUGGACACAACAAAACACAGGCAAUUAUUCAGCAAAGUCUGGUUAUUAUGCAACCCAAAAGAUAAAAACCCAAUCGACUAUCUCACUCUUGGGGGACCCUAACUGGAACUGGCAAAAACUUAUUUGGAAUCCUAAAUUACUGCCAAAAAUCAAGAUGUUCAUGUGGCGCUGUGCAAUCAAUAACCUACCUACUGGAGACAACCUACGCAAGAGAGGACUUCUAGGACAUACCUCAUGCGCAAAGUGUGGAGCCGAAGAGACCCUGGAACACAUCCUAUUCCGCUGUACGACAGCUAAGGAGACUUGGGAACUCUGUCCAUGGUCAACCCCUUUGGACCCCCUCGUGUGCUCAUCCUUCCGAUCUACACUCCAAUCAUCUUUCAGCAAGGUAAAUCUGCCACCCAUGGAAACAUCAGUUAACCUCUUUGCUUGGAUUUGUUGGAGCUUAUGGUUAAACAAGAAUCAACUUACCUUCGAAAAUAAGCAAGCUUCGCCUCAAGAAAUCAUCACAAAAUCCGUCGCUCUCGCUAAGGAAUGGGAGCGGUCCCAGGUUAAAAGUCCUCCGCCGAUCGUCAAAGCUCCGCCGCAAAUACCACCGCAGAUCUCUUCACCUUCCUCGAUCGUCUGUUAUACGGACGCGGCAUGGAGGAAAGACACCAAGGAAGCGGACUUGGCAUGGAUCUUCACCACCUGUUCAGGAUUCGAGAUCACCAGAGGCUGCCUCCAUCAAUUGCAUGUCUCCUCAGCAAUUAUGGCUGAAGCGCUGGCGGUGAGAGCUGCUCUAAGUCACGCUUCCGCCCUCAACUUCUUUUCAAUCUGGCUCCGAUCAGACAGCAAAGGGCUUAUUCAAGCCAUCUCGUCGAAUCACCGAUCUGUAGAAUUCCUUGGAGUGCUAUCAGACAUUGAAUCGUCACUCCUAUCUCUCUUUUCUUCUUUUUACGCGUCUUUCAUUCCUAGAUCUCUGAAUGGGCCUGCAGACUCUUAUGCUAAGGCUUCUCUUUGUUACAAACUCUCAGUAUUGGGCCUUAGCCCACAUUGA